AUGUCGGGCCCUGAUCAGCCUUUGGCUUCCCUUUCGCUGACCCAUGUACAUUAUAAUCCUAACGAUCUCCUCUCGCAUGCAUCGGCCUGGCUCGCUCUCGUCCCGCAAGCGCUAUGUAUCAUCUACGUCACACUCAUCUGGGCUUCGAGGGAGGUGGAGGUGCUGUUGAUGUUUGCCGGUCAGAUGGGCUGUGAAGCUUUGAACUUCGGGCUUAAAAGGCUCAUCCGCGAGGAGAGACCUCAGAACAUGCACGGCAAAGGCUAUGGGAUGCCAUCGUCCCACGCGCAAUUUGCAGCCUACUUCUCCUGCUAUGCGAUACUGUUCCUCCUUCUCAGACACAGACCAAAUUAUUCUCUCACGCCGGACGCGGUGACUUUUUUCCAACGAGUUGCGCUCUCAUUCCUAGCCUGUGUUGGCGCCAGUGCCGUGGCCAUUAGCCGACUCUACCUGAACUACCAUACCAAAAAACAGGUUGUCGUGGGAUUCACGGCAGGAAUUAUAUUCUCGGUCGUUUGGUUCUCGUUCGUAAGCUACCUGCGAAGCUCUGGCUGGGUCGAUUGGGGUCUGGACUUGACUCUCUCACGAGCCCUGCGAAUUAGAGACUUGGUGGUGAGUGAGGAUCUUACCGAAGCCGGAUGGCAACGUUGGGAGGCCCAGAGAAAGCUGAAGCGUCGUGAACAUAGUGACGCGCAUAAGUCGGAUUGA